CAGGAAGAAGAUGAGCCUUAAGUCUGAACGCCGAGGAAUUCAUGUGGAUCAAUCAGAGCUCCUAUGCAAGAAAGGAUGUGGUUACUAUGGCAACCCUGCUUGGCAGGGUUUCUGCUCCAAGUGCUGGAGGGAGGAGUACCACAAAGCCAGGCAGAAGCAAAUUCAGGAGGACUGGGAACUGGCAGAGCGACUACAGCGGGAGGAGGAAGAGGCCUUUGCCAGCAGUCAGAGCAGCCAAGGGGCCCAAUCCCUUACAUUUUCCAAGUUUGAAGAAAAGAAAACCAAUGAGAAGACCCGCAAGGUUACCACAGUAAAGAAAUUCUUCAGUGCUUCAUCCAGGGUUGGAUCAAAAAAGGCAGAAAUUCAGGAAGCAAAAGCUCCCAGUCCUUCUAUAAACCGGCAAACCAGCAUUGAAACGGAUAGAGUGUCUAAAGAGUUCAUAGAAUUUCUCAAGACCUUGCACAAGACAGGCCAAGAAAUCUAUAAGCAGACCAAGCUGUUUUUGGAAGCAAUGCAUUACAAAAGGGACUUAAGCAUUGAGGAACAGUCAGAGUGUACUCAGGAUUUUUACCAGAAUGUGGCUGAAAGAAUGCAGACUCGCGGAAAAGUGCCUCCAGAGAGAGUUGAGAAGAUAAUGGAUCAGAUUGAAAAGUACAUCAUGACUCGUCUCUACAAAUAUGUGUUCUGUCCAGAAACUACUGAUGAUGAGAAGAAAGACCUCGCUAUUCAAAAGAGGAUCAGAGCCCUGCGCUGGGUUACACCCCAGAUGCUUUGUGUCCCUGUUAAUGAAGAAAUUCCAGAAGUAUCUGAUAUGGUGGUGAAAGCAAUCACAGAUAUCAUUGAAAUGGACUCAAAGCGGGUGCCUCGGGAUAAGUUGGCCUGCAUCACCAAAUGCAGCAAGCACAUCUUCAAUGCCAUCAAGAUCACCAAGAAUGAGCCAGCUUCAGCCGAUGACUUCUUACCCACUCUCAUCUACAUCGUUUUGAAGGGCAACCCCCCACGCCUUCAGUCCAACAUCCAGUACAUUACCCGCUUCUGCAACCCAAGCCGACUGAUGACUGGAGAGGAUGGCUACUAUUUCACCAACCUAGUGGAGCUGGUCAGAAUAAUGUUCAGCAUCAACCCCCUGGAGAACCUGAAGCUGUACAUCAGCAGCCGGCCUCCCCUGGUGGUCUUCAUGAUCAGUGUGAGCGCCAUGGCAAUAGCUUUCCUGACCUUGGGCUAUUUCUUCAAAAUCAAGGAGAUCAAGUCACCAGAAAUGGCAGAGGAUUGGAAUACUUUUCUGCUGCGGUUUAAUGAUUUGGACUUGUGUGUAUCAGAGAAUGAAACAUUAAAGCAUCUCACCAAUGACACCACAGCUCCGGAGAGCACAAUGACCAGCGGCCAGGCCAGAACAUCCACCCAGUCCCCUCAGUCCUUGGACGACUCAGGCCCGGUUAACAUCUCAGUUGCAAUCACCCUGACCCUGGACCCACUCAGACCCUUUGGAGGGUACUCUCGAAAUGUCACCCAUCUGUACUCGACUAUCUUAGGACAUCAGAUUGGACUCUCAGGCAGGGAAGCCCACGAGGAGAUGAACGUUACUUUUACCCUGCCUUCAGCUUGGAGCUCGGACGACUGUGCCCUUCACGGGCACUGUGAGCAGGUGGUGUUCACAGCCUGCAUGACCCUCACAGCCAACCCAGGGGUCUUCCCCGUCACCGUACAGCCACCGCACUGUGUUCCCGACACCUACAGCAACGCCACGCUCUGGUACAAGAUCUUCACAACUGCCAGAGAUGCCAACACAAAAUAUGCGCAAGACUACAAUCCUUUCUGGUGUUACAAGGGGGCCAUUGGAAAAGUCUAUCACGCUCUAAACCCGAAGCUUACAGUUAUUGUUCCAGACGAUGACCGUUCAUUAAUAAACUUGCACCUCAUGCACACCAGUUACUUCCUCUUCGUGAUGGUGAUAACAAUGUUCUGCUAUGCGGUUAUCAAAGGCAGACCCAGCAAACUGCGUCAGAGCAAUCCGGAGUUUUGUCCUGAGAAGGUGGCUUUGGCUGAUGCCUAAAUCCCACGACUGCCGUUUCCUGAGACCGAGAGAACCAUAAUCAUUGCCUGCUGAACCCAGCCUGGGCCUGGACACUCUGUGAAUACAUUAUCUUGCAACGUUGGGUUAUUCCAGCCAAAGACAUUUCAAGUGCCUGUAACUGAUUUGUAUAUAUUUAUAAAAAUCUAUUCAGAAAUUGGUCCAUUGAUGCACGUGCUUCGCACUGGGUGCAGCCGGAACCCGCAGCCUCACCUGUGGACUUGGCCGGAUGAGUCUGGUAGCACCUGGGAGGAUUUGUGGUCUUGCUGUCGGAGCGGGCUGUGCUGGCUUUGCCCAGGUCCCAGGGGUGUUUCAUUGCCAAUGGGGUUGAGGUUUGCUUUGGUUCUUGUUUCAGCCCGACACGUACAGAUGUUCGGAACAGUCUGCACCUUUGAUAUGAUACUGCAUUUCCAAAGCCACCAAUCCAUUUUGUGGAUUUUGUGUGUCUGUGGCUUAAUAAUCAUAGUAACAACAACAAUGCCCUUUUCUCCGUUUUGCUUGCAAGGAAACAUACCUAUCUUCCUAAGUUGGUUUUUUUUUUUCCUUUGAAGAAAAAAUAGUCUCAUUUUACUACUACUCUAGUUAGGACAGACUUGUGCUUUUAUCUUGAGUAAAAAGUUAUAUAUUUAAAAGUCACCUACAUGGUAAAGAUCUAAGUUUCAUUUUGUACAGGAACAGUGAGGAACUUGGUCUUGUUUGAGUUGAGUUGGCACAGAAUGUUCUGCUGUCUUUUUCUUCUUUGUUUUCCCUUCCCUCCAUGAUAAAAAUUAAAACAGAUUCCUCAUCCAAAAGGGCUUAAAAAUGAGUUAACAGAUGGCUCUAGAGUAGAGUGAAAAUUAGCUGCUCUGUUUUCAGGUGGCAGCAUGGGAAGCAAGAAAGAUGAUUUGGUCUAAUCUUUGUGGAAGGGUUUCUUGUUUUCUUUGAAGAGGGAGUGGCUUUUCUUUCCUUUUUUUUUUUGUGGCAUUCAUUUUUUAUGCAGUUGUCAUAUUCUUAGAAGACAAUGGCAACUAGUAGAUCAGUGUAACAUUAAGAAAAUGAUGCCUGUGAAAUCGGAAGGAAAGCAAUUCUGAUUUGCCAUUUAUCAGGAACACCAAAAGCGUUUCUUUCUUAGAACAUGUUGAUGAUCUAAUUCCUUUAUCCCUUUUUCCUUCCAAGCCAUCUUCAUUUUAAAACAAUUGUGCAUCUUUUCCAGUCCUUUCUUGUUACUUGUAUUCUUACCAUUUUUCUUUAGUAGCUUUUUGCCUUAAUAACUCACCAUCAUUAACGAUUUCUGUGUUCUCCCAAGCAGUGUUAUGGCAGAAGGGCAAUUAAAAUCUUGAGCAUGACUGUCAGCACUUCUUCCCCUUAACUCCAGGUCUGUGGUCUGUUAUAAAUUAGAACCAGUCCUGCAGUCUAAAAUAUACUGGCCUAGAACAUCUUCUCCCAGGCAUUCUUGACUGGAAAAUAAUUGAGGGCUUUUCCUGAAGAUUAUUAAAAUAAUCAUCAUAGUAACUUGAUAUGUUAAUAUUCCUUUUUUCCUUUUAGUACAUUUCAAGCACAGUAAUCAUACUUGUCUAUCAAGUUUUUUUAUGAUAGGAGUUGCUUACAUGAUGCAUGGCUAACCUGUUUUCUCUUUAGCGACUCUGAGACACUUUUGAGAUAAGAUUGAGAAAGAGCUGUUUGGCUUGGCCUUGAGAAACAUCAGUAUCACUAAGACCAACAACGGAUUUUAGAUUAAGCUGCUACUGAAUUAAUAAAAUCCAAUGAAGUAGAGUUACAGGAAUAGAUUUAUAACUGAUAGAGUAAUAGAAAAGAAAGACAGGCGAAAAAAGUCAGUUUCACUGGUUUCUUCAACCCAACUUGUUGCUAACGUUAAUCACCCUUGUUUUAAUUACAGGGAUGGAAAUGUGUAGCCAGGGGAGGAGGGACACUGUUAGGCAUGAGGAAAGAAGGUGCCAAAAAUGCCUGGACAGUAUGACUUGUCAUGAGGCCAGGACACACACUGAAAUCCAGCAUUCUCCCUAGCAGGUAACUCUCAAAGGUCUCAUGGAAACCCCGAGUCCGUAGGUGUGCGGAGGAAGGCUGGUCAGGAGUGGAGGCCGUGGGGCUUGGGUGAAAAGUCUGGUAACUGAGGAGACUUCCGCUGGAGCGCAGACGUUCAGGGAGCCUGUUCCUACCUGGGCACUUACCGGCAGGCCUGGUCCUCCGCUGUCUCUGCCCGGGGGCCUCCGGUUUACAAGAGCGUCACAGACAGGGCCUGUCUGCCACUCGGGGGCGACCCGCGCAGGAGCACCGGCUCGUCCUCAGGCAUCUUGGACUGGCGUCCAGUAAGGGUCAGCAACUUACUAUUCCAAUGGUUGUUUCAGAUCAUAUUGAUCUCUUUCCUUUUUCCUUUCGUCCUUUCACUGUAUGACUUGAAUCAGUUUUGAUUCUAUUUGUAAGUUUUUCUCGUCAUUAGGAACCUGCCGUUUCUGUUGCAUUUUCUUGGGCAGUGUGUAGGGAUUCGGCAUCCUGGGUUUCCAGCCCUCCUGCGGGUGCUGCGGGGUCACGAGGGCCGGAGGGUCCAUCUCACUUAGCGCUGCAUGACGGUCGGGAGCUGUCUGUCACGGCACUCACCCCCAGAUUGGUUUUCUGUGUUUGAAAUAUGUGCAUAUGUGCUUUACAGAAUAAAACUUCUGAAUUUA